AUGAAUUGUACUGAAGAUCCCAGUCGUCUUAGCGAAAUACAUUUUCGCUCUCCUUUUGCCUUUUGGACAUUAGGCGUAAUUAGUAUUAUAUUAUCAAUAUUAGCAGAUGCUGGUAAUUUAAUCAAUUUAUUUGUUCUUACUCGACGUCAUAUGCGAUCAACAAUGACAACACUUUUAGUUACACUUGCUUGGGCUGAUCUUGUUCCGCCUACAGUUGUUUCAUUAAACAAUAUACUAUUUUAUUAUUGUUUACCACAUUUGAAUAAUUCAUCUACAUUUUUAACUACACAUAUUAUUGCUCGAGCUAUUUUUAAUGGAUUAGCAAAUAUAUUUACAACAUUUAGUAAUUGGCUUAUUGUAUUAAUUACAACAUUUCGAUUAAUUGUUGUGAAGAAACCAUUAGUGGCAAAAACUUAUUGUAAUCGACGUACUGCUCGUAUACGAGUUUAUUGUACCAAUAAUGGUUCAAUAAAAUACUAUAGUCUUGGAGCAUCACCAUUAUUACGAACGAGAUUUUUUUCUCGAUAUUUUUAUCCAACAAUGGUAACAAUAUCUUUACUUUGUCCAUGGUUAAUAUGCUUUUUAAUUUGGUUAUUUUUAAUUCGUGCAUUACGCUCAGCACAAAGUCAAUUAACAAAAAAAAAUGUUAAUACCACAUUUCGUAAUGAUCGUAAACAAGAUACAUAUUUUCGUAUAACAUUAAUGAUUGUUUGUGUACUAACUGUUUAUAUGAUAUGUCGCAGUGCACAUUUACUUGAAGUUAUACAUUUAUUAAUAGCACCAUUCUUUAGUAUUCAACAACAAAUGUAUUUUAAUAAAAUACGCAUUAAGUUAUUUUGUAUAUCAAAUAUAAUGUUAACUAUAAAUCAUGGUGCAAAUUUCUAUAUCUACUCAAUAAAUCCAAAAUUUCGUUUAACACUUAAAUUAUAUUUAACAUAUUAUUUUCGCCGUUGUCGUAUAAAACGUCGACGUGCAUUUACAUUAUUUCAUUUACGUCGAAAGAAAACGAAUGAUAGUUUAGAUGGAUUGAGUGCACAAAAUGAUUUUAAUCGUUCAAUGUUGUUAACACCAUCAAAUCCUAAUGAAGGCAAUAAUAAAAAUUCUUUUAAUAAAUAUUCUUCUAAGAAAAAUCUUAUUCUUACAAAUGGAGGAGUUUAUAAUCAAAAUUAUACAAGCAAUAGUGUAAGAACACCACAAAAAUAUUUAAGACAAUUUUUGGAUGUCAAUUCAAAUAAUGAAAAUUCCGAAAAAAGUUAUGUUUGGAGGGAAAUCGAACAGCGAUUAAAAUAUCAUAGAAGAAAUCAUUUUCAAUAA